CAAUGCUUUGCUUCAAUGGGCCCACCUCCACCAUCUCAAAUCUCAAUUCCAUCUCUCUAUAAACCAAACAAAACCCUAGAAAAAUCAAAACAGAAAACAAAACGCAAAGCGAUAGAGCUAGCCCAAGCCACCCGCGGGGUCCGCCGGCCGCCGCCGCCGCCGCCGCCGCCACCUAUGUCGAAUCCCACAGCGCCCCCGGCGGCGGCGCCGCUCCUCAAACACAAGUCGUGGUCGCCGGACGUGUACCGCGACGAGGCGUGGGUGCUGCGGCGGAAGGGAAUCAACGAUCGCCGCAAGCGGCGGAGCAAGAGCGUCACCGACGAGGACCUCGACGAGCUCAAGGCCUGCAUCGAGCUCGGGUUCGGGUUCGACUCGCCCGAGGUGGAUCCGGGAUUAUCCGAUACCCUGCCCGCCUUGGGGCUCUACUACGCCGUUAACAAGACCUAUUCCGACAGCGUUUCGAAGUCGUCGUCGUUGUUUUCAUCGACGGCGUCGGAGUGUGAAUCGCCGUCUUCCGUCGGCAGCCCCAGUACCAUACUCGGUCUUGGCGAUAAUCCACAGACGGUGAAGACAAGGUUGCGACAAUGGGCACAAGUGGUGGCUUGUUCGGUGCGACAAUCUUCUUCUGGUUGAUUAUGUAAGUUCAGAUGCCAAAUGGUGAAGCAAAGCAUUUUACUAUAGUUGUUAUCAAAAUUCGAAGGCAAAAAAAAAAUGAAAAAAAGAAAGGAAGCCAACUUGUUUGAUGCGAAUAUUAGCAUAAUUAUCCCCUCUAUCAUUGCCUUGUCACCAUUAAUACAGCUGUCUUUGUUUAGUAUGUUAGGUCACCUAUAAAAUAUGUAAACCUGAGAUUGGAAAAAGAAAAGCAACGGCCCGUUGGUGGGGGUUGACUUUGUGUUUU